AUGUCCCAGAGACGCCAGGAGAUGGCUCGUGCUAUCUCCAGUGUCCUUUUGUUCGUUGCCAGCGGCCGCCUAGCGAGUGCUCCUCCGUACGGAGUAGUGUACAUAGGCGAGCAGACAGAACGGACAGGCGAGGGCAUGGUUAAAAGUACGGGACCCGAGGUAGUGUACUCCGCAGGUGAGAGCGUGUCAGUACGGACAGAGCAGUGA